AUGGCUGGAGCGUUCUCAGAAUGGCGGAAAUUGCCGAUAAGUCUAAGUGAGCUAUGUAUCAAUACAACGUUACGCUGUGGACAGUCUUUCAGAUGGCAACAUAUCCCCGAAGAUGGUGAAUGGCGAUGUGUGCUUCAUGGGAAGCUGUUGUCGCUGAAGCAAGACUCGUCCCAUCUUUACUAUCGUCACUAUAGAGCCAGUCCUGCCAAACUACUGCCAUCUCCGCCAUAUUCGCAAGUUCAAUCUCGAGCGCAGUCCGACACAGACCAGGGCAGUGACGUCAAAGUCCCUGCAGGUCAUGCCAAUGACGAUGAUGUUUUGCGUCUGCUCAAGCACUACUUGAAUCUAGCUCCAAGCCUGUCCAUUCUCUAUGACCAAUGGUCGAGCAAAGAUGCCAAUUUCAAGAAAAAAGCUGUUCAAUUCACAGGCAUUCGAAUACUUCGCCAGGACCCAUGGGAGGCACUCGUCUCUUUCAUAUGCAGCAGCAACAACAAUAUAGCUCGGAUCUCGCAGAUGGUGGAAAAGCUGUGUCUGAACUACGGUGAAUUUGUCGCUAAGAUUGACGAUCGGGCAUACCAUGACUUCCCCAACGCAGAGGCCCUGGCAGGAAGUGAUGUGGAAAGCAAUCUUCGCAGUCUCGGCUUCGGGUAUCGAGCGAAAUAUAUUCAACGAACGGCGUUCAUGGUUUCGCAAGAACGAGAAAAAGGAUGGCUCGAAGGCCUGUGCAACCCCGAGUCACCAGUGUUUGGAUUUCAACCAACCCCCGGCGAUGAGAUGCAGACUCAAGGGCGACAAGGUUAUCGCAACGCCCAUGAGAACUUGUUAGAGCUUCAAGGCGUUGGACCAAAAGUUGCCGAUUGUCGAGAUUAUCGAUUUGGCAAAAGCUCUCAGAAGUCCCUGACGAAGGCGACCUACGACGCGGUGGCCAACCAUUUCCGAAAAAUCUGGGGUCAGGAGGCUGGCUGGGCCCACAGCGUACUCUUCACAGCAGAUCUCCGGUCAUUUUCUGACAGACUUGCAGUGACCAAGCAUGUCGAUGUGUCCGUCAAGGAGGAGGGAUCGGAGAUUCAAGUCAAGAACGAAGUCACAACUGCCGUGACCCUGAUGGCACCGAAAGAAGAAUUGGGAGAUGUCAAUAUCAAGUCGGAAGAAGUUGAGACAAAGCCUCACAUUGAAGUGGCUAGGGGGAAGAAACGCAAGGGCGCAGACGCAGAGAUCACAAAGGCUGCCCAAACGACAGAGACGAGAAGAAUGUCGAAGCGGCUCCAGAGAUAG